AUGCGCACGUUCCGCACCCUACCUAAUGUGUACUGCACGCUGUGCGAUCAGUACUUCGUCUCUAACGAGGCUCGCACCCAACAUGUGCAGUUCUCCGAGAAUCACCCUCUAUGCAGGCCUUGUGGUCGUCGUUUCAUCAACAAAAAUGCUCUCAGAGUCCAUCUGAAUUCCUCGCCGAGACACCAUUAUUGUGCAGUCUGCGAUAUAGAGUACCACACUCUGGCAAGUCUUCGAGUGCAUCUCGAGUUUGCCACGGUCCACCGCAGUGACUUAGAUGACGGUGACUUCAUGAUAGACGACGAUGUUCCUUGGGAUGACGACCUUUUCGAGGAUGAUACACCCAGUUGGAUAGACAACGUCAGGCAUCGUAGGUAUCCAGAGGUGACACAACCCGCCCGUGCCGACUUCAACACUCCCCCGGGGGUCCAGGUAAAGCCAGACGACUUGCGUGGCAAUGCUAGCCACCACCAUGAUAAGUCGUCUAAGGGCGAGCUGGAGGAGCCUGUUGUCACAUUCACCUGCUCGCUCUGCCUGGAGGCACCUCAGAAUACAAGCACGACACGUUGCGGGCACGUCUUCUGCACACCAUGCAUUCAUAAGGCACUCAAGUUCAAAAGGAGUUGUCCAGUGUGCCGCACGCCUGCUGUACCAACUCAACUACGAAAAAUCUAUCUUACUGCCAGCUAG